AAACAUAAAAGACCGCGAUCACCACUCUUUCUCGUCGAUUUCUAGUCAUUGCAAGCUAAAGUUGGAAAAAAGAAAAGAGGAAUGGGUCACAACAAACCCCGACGUUUCAAAACCCAUAGCUCUCAUCGUGGACAUUCUAGCAGAAACCAUCAAUUCCAAAGGGAAGAUGAAUCUCUCCCACGUGAUCAACCUCCCGAAGAGGAAACGAAUUUUCCUAAAAUUCAACUUGCUAUGUGGGAUUUUGGACAGUGCGAUGCAAAAAGGUGCACUGGGCGCAAACUGGCAAGAUUUGGGUUGUUGAAAGACUUGCGUGUGAAUAGCGGUUUUGGGGGCAUUGUUUUAAGUCCUGUUGGUAGUCAGUGCGUCUCAAAAGAAGAUUACAACCUAAUGAACAGAAAAGGGUUAGCUGUUGUGGAUUGCUCAUGGGCUCGUCUUAGUGAUGUACCGUUUGUGAAGCUGCGGUGUGGUGCUCCUCGCUUGUUGCCAUGGCUAGUGGCUGCAAACCCAGUAAACUAUGGUCGACCAUGUGAGCUAUCAUGCGUAGAAGCAUUAUCUGCAGCUUUAAUAAUAUGUGGGGAAGGGGAAACCGCAAAUUUGCUAUUAGGCAAGUUCAAAUGGGGUCAUGCCUUCCUGUCCCUUAACAGGGAACUUUUGAAGGCAUAUUCUGAAUGUGAAAAUAGUGCUGACAUCAUAUCAGUCCAAAAUUCUUGGCUUUCCCAACAAAGUCAAGUUCCAAAGGUUCCACCAAAUGCAGAAGGCAUCAGUGAAGAUGAGGGUUCUUCCAAUAAUUCUGAAGAUGGGCUUCCUCCUCUAGAAAGGAAUAUGAACCGUAUAAGUUUGCAGGAAAGCGAUAAUGAAAGUGAGUAGGUAGGGUCUAGAAAUAGUUUCAAUCUCUCAGUAGGUGCAACGGAGCCAAGGCGAAAUCAGCAGAGCGAUGUGGAAUCACAAGUAAGCACCAUGAGAAAAAGC